CAGAAUUGGCCGCACCUCUGGAAAUUACAGCAAGCAAGCAAGGCAUGAAAUUAUUGAAUAACUUCUGCCAGUUUCAACCACCUCUUAUUUACUCCAUUCACAGAGCGCCCAAUGAGAUCACCUCCUGUUAGUCUGUCCUUUCAUCUCUUCUCUUCCCCUUUCUAAGAAGCUCACCACAGUGUCGUCUCUCUGCCAAAAACACAAAUGGUAGAAACCACAGUGAAAUGGCUCUUCUUCUUCUUCUUCUUCUUCUCACCUUUGUCCGUAUUUGGUCACGGGGAAGCUGAAAUUCGGGAGAAGAAGACUUAUGUUGUUCACAUGGACAAGACUGCAAUGCCCGAAUCCUACUCUGAUCACAUAGAAUGGUAUUCUUCCAUGAUAAAGUCUGUCGUGUCUGAAACCCAUGUAGAAGAAGAGACCAGAAUACUCUACACCUACCAGAAGGUUUUUCAUGGAGUCGCUGCUCGAUUGAGCAAAGAAGAAGCCGGGAGGCUCGAACAGGAAUCGGGUGUUGUGGCUGUAAUCCCCGAGCGAAGAUACGAGCUUCACACCACGAGAAGUCCCACGUUUCUUGGCUUAGAGAGACGUGACAGUGAGAACACAGUCUGGGAAGAGAAGCUCAUGGACCAUGACGUCAUAGUCGGUGUACUCGACACUGGGAUCUGGCCCGAGAGCCAGAGCUUCAACGACACGGGCAUGUCCCCUGUUCCUGCUACUUGGCGUGGAGCCUGCGAGACGGGCAGAGGUUUCACCAAAAACCACUGCAACAGAAAGAUUGUCGGAGCGAGAGUGUUCUACAAAGGGUAUGAAGCUGCGACAGGGAAAAUAGAUGAACAGCUUGAGUACAAAUCACCUCGAGAUCGAGAUGGUCAUGGAACUCAUACCGCAGCUACGGUUGCUGGUUCUCCCGUUCGUGGAGCCAACCUUCUGGGAUACGCUUAUGGAACAGCCCGAGGGAUGGCUCCACGUGCGAGAAUCGCUGCUUACAAGGUUUGUUGGGUCGGAGGGUGCUUCAGUUCGGACAUUUUGUCGGCUGUUGAUAGAGCCGUUGCUGAUGGAGUUCAUGUGUUGUCGAUCUCGUUGGGAGGUGGUAUCUCCACUUAUUACCGUGACAGUUUGUCGAUAGCUGCAUUUGGAGCAAUGGAGAUGGGUGUCUUCGUGUCGUGUUCUGCCGGAAAUGGCGGUCCUGAUCCGAUCAGUCUCACGAAUGUAUCGCCUUGGAUCACGACCGUUGGUGCAAGUACCAUGGACAGAGAUUUCCCGGCUACAGUUAAUCUGGGAAGUGGAAGAACCGUGAGGGGAGUGUCACUGUACAAAGGAACAACGGUUUUGUCCAAGAACAGACAGUAUCCUCUGGUUUACAUGGGAAGCAACGCGAGUAGUCCUGAUCCAAGCUCGUUCUGUCUGGAUGGAGCUCUGGACCGACGUCACGUGGCGGGGAAGAUAGUGAUCUGCGACCGGGGAGUCACUCCCCGUGUGCAGAAGGGUCAGGUGGUGAGAGAGGCCGGAGGAAUCGGCAUGAUCUUGACGAACACGGCCACGAACGGCGAGGAGCUUGUUGCGGAUUGUCACUUGCUUCCUGCAGUUGCAGUGGGAGAGAAGGAAGGUAAGAUGAUCAAGCAGUAUGCCAUGACGAGCAGACGACCAACUGCGAAUCUUCAGAUCCUCGGAACCCGGCUAGGGAUCAAACCGUCUCCGGUAGUUGCAGCGUUUUCUUCGAGAGGGCCUAAUUUUCUGACACUCGAGAUCCUGAAACCCGAUCUGGUGGCUCCGGGAGUGAACAUUCUCGCAGCGUGGACGGGAGAUAUGGGACCAUCGAGUUUAUCCUCGGAUCAUAGGAGGGUAAAGUUCAAUAUCCUGUCCGGAACUUCGAUGUCAUGCCCUCAUGUGAGCGGUGUGGCUGCAUUGAUAAAAGCCAGGCAUCCGGAUUGGAGCCCAGCCGCUAUAAAGUCAGCUCUUUUAACAACGGCUUAUGUCCAUGACAAUAACCUUAACCCUCUAAGAGAUGCUUCAACCGGUGCACCUUCCACACCUUACGAUCAUGGAGCCGGGCAUAUAAACCCGUUGAAAGCUCUAGACCCGGGUUUGGUUUACGACAUUGGACCUCAAGAUUACUUUGAAUUCCUCUGCACCCAGGAUCUAAGUCCGUCGCAGCUGAAAGUUUUCUCAAGACAUUCCAACAGAAUCUGCAGAAACACUCUUUCGGGUCCAGGAGACCUGAACUAUGCCGCAAUCUCGGCUGUCUUCACCGAAAACACAAAUGUCAGUGCUUUAACGCUUCACAGAACUGUCACCAACGUCGGUCCUCACGUUUCAAGCUACAAGGUCGUAGUCUCGCCUUUCAAAGGUGCAUCCGUAAUCGUUGAGCCGAAAAUGCUGAACUUUACUUCGAAGCAUCAGAAGCUGUCGUAUAGGAUCACUUUCAGGACAAAGUUGCGGCAGAAGAGGCCGGAGUUUGGAGGUCUUGUCUGGAGGAGUUCAACGCACAAAGUUCGCAGCCCCAUUGUCGUGACUUGGUUGCCUCCUUUGUAGAGUCUUCUUCAAGCUCAUUGCUUAUAUCUGCAAUGCUUUUUCAACGGAUGUAUCAAUGCAAUAAAUAGAAGUGACUGAAUCAGAUAUUGAUCAUCA